UCUCCUUGUCCUUCCUCCCACAGACAAGGAGCACUUAUAAAUUAAAAGCUAGAUUUGCCAAUACAUCAAGCAAUAUACUAAAUUUAUUAAUUUGUUCAAUAAAAGGGUGAUCAAUGACAGGUCUGGGUGCACAGGGGUCUCCAGCCCAAGCAAUGCAGAAAUUCAGAUCUCAAUCUUAGCCUUGCAUACCAUUCUAGGCACUUCACUUCCUCGGAUUUUCAGUUAUUUUCUACUUCUUUUUCUUCAUAAUCAGCAGUUGUGGUUUUUGAAGAUCUGUUGGGGAGGUGAUCUGAGAUGGUCUUCUCGUGUCUCUCCAGCCUCCCAUUCUGCUUUUAAAAUAUCUUUCUUCCACUAGCAUUAUUUUUGCUUAUACAGUUUGUUUAAGCAAGCAUACAUAUUCUGUUAGCAUACAUUUUGCAAGCCUUCUUUCAUUCAUUUCACAACCUAAAGCUAGCAUGUCUAAAAAAUGUCUUCAUAGGGUCUCUUCCUCAGUUAUAAAGUCAGCAUGUUUUAAAAUGCCUUUGUAGAGCCUUUCAACUUACAUUAGUCCUACUUCCCCUUUUUAAAUGAUUAAAAAUUCUUUCAUAUUCAAAAAAAUUUAUAACUUGUACAAAAGAUAGCUUGAAACUUAUAGUACAAGUUAGUUUGAAGUUUGUAUUCAUUACUUGCAAGUAAUUACAGUUUUGUUGUUAAAUUAUUAGCUAGAAGUUUACUGUUAUAGUUACCUUGUUAAACCCUACUCCCAUGCCUUACUUAUUUUCUCUUAAAAUUUUAAAUCCACUGUUUUCUCCUAAAAUUACUAUGCAAUUUUUAACCUUUUUCUUCCAGGUUAGCCCAUUAGGAAUGUCAUGGCUUCUUCCUAGCUACAGCAUUGAGCUGAGGAUGGAGACACGGGAGAACAAAUCCCUGCAGCAGAACCUCAUGGAAGACGCCGUUUUGAGCAGCUCCAUGGCUCAGGAAUCCAACGGGGAGGAAAAGCCCCAGAGAUCCCUCACAAGGAGGGGCUGCAAAGGCAGAUCACAGGGAUCUGAGGGGAUAAGAGCCACCUUGGGCCGGAGAGGCGGCUGGAGCUCAGAGCUGGAGGUCCAUGAGAAGCUUCACAAUGGAGAGAAGUCCUACAAGUGCUCAAAAUGUGGGAAGAGCUUAAGCCAGAGAUCCUCUCUGAUCCGCCACCAGAGAAUCCACACCGGGGAGAGGCCCUAUGAGUGUGAGAAAUGCAGGAAGAAAUUUCAUUACAGAUCCACUCUCCUCAGGCAUCAGCAGACUCACACAGAGGAGAGACCCUUCUGCUGCCCCGACUGUGGGAAGGGCUUCAAGCUCAACUCCGCCCUCGUCACCCACCGGCGCAUCCACACCAGGGAGAGGCCCUACGAGUGUGGGGAGUGUGGGAUGAGCUUCACCCAGGGCUCCACCCUCACUGCCCACCAGAGGAGACACACAGGGGAACGGCCCUAUGAGUGUGCUGAGUGUGAGAGGUGCUUCAGGACAAGCUCUGAACUGACUGUCCACCAGAAGAUCCACACGGGGGAACGGCCCUACGAGUGUGGGCAGUGUAAGAAGAGCUUCAGACGGAGGUGCCACCUGCUCCGCCACAUGGGAGUGCACACAGGGUUAUGGCCCUAUGAGUGUGGGGAGUGUGAGAAGAGCUUCAGGACGAGCUCUGAACUGAUUGUUCACCAGAGGAGCCACACAGGAGAGAGGCCUUAUGAGUGUGAUAAAUGCAGGAAGAGGUUUCACACCAGUUCCCAUCUCCUCCUGCACCAGCGGAUUCACACAGAGGAGAGGCCCUUCCGCUGCCCUGACUGCAGGAAGGGCUUCAGGCGAAACUCUGACCUUAUCAAGCACCGGCGCAUCCACACCAGGGAGAGGCCCUACGAGUGUCCUGAGUGUGGGAAGAGCUUCUCACAGAGCUCUACCUUGACCCAACACCAACAGAGGCUCCACAAAGGUAGCCCUGCAAGUUCCCCAAAUCCAGGAAGAGCUGCGUGCACUGCUCCAGCUCCAUCCCCUGUGGGAGGAUACACGCUGGAUGAUCCCCAGUGAUGCCUGAUGGGCAGAGCCCUGUGAUCCGUGGUGCCAGUCAUCUGUGUUGGCAAGACGCCUGGCUGGGGGACUCCACCUCCUCCUGGCUCCCUGUGGACACCUGGACACAUCCACAGACCAGCAUCAGAAAUCCGUUGUGGACAACAGAUUUGUUGACUUCUGACCCCAGAAAAAUCUCACUUUUUGCAUCUUCUGGUGGCAUAAAGCAACACUGGAUGGCCUUGUAGACUGGAGGUCUUCUCCAACAUAAAUCCAUUGUUUUAAUUCUCCCUGGCCUACAUGCAUCUUCCACAGCCAGAUGGGGACAGACUGGGGCAAAACCAAUGUUUCUGGAGACAGCGGAGUGGAAAUCCCUCCAAAAAAGUUUCUUACCCACUGAAGCACAUGGAUGCUGUGCUGGCAGGGAUACAUAAAUCCUUUUGUUUUGGCCUUGAAAGGAAAAAGUUUCUGUUCAUCCUUUGAAACCCCCGAAACUGGGGAAAAAUAAAGACAUUGAACCAAGGCACGAAUGGGGAUAUGUUGGGGACAAUGACAUGGGUGGGUCGGUGGGGACAUGGAAACAGAUGGGGACACGGGGGACACAGACUUGGAGAGUGACAUGGGGGUGAUGCGUAAAGUCUUAGCUUACGUAUUAUUCAGAUUCUGUACUGCCUUGGUGUGUAACUGAACUUCAUAUUAAGUGUUAGGAAGUUCUCUUCACAGGGUAGUUAGACAAAACAGUCCUUUUCCAGCUUGAGAAGCAAGGACAACUGUUACAGCCUCAGGCCCAAAAAGCAUAAACAAUGGUGAACUGAAGGGAGCAAACAAGGAGGAUGGGACUUCAUAACCUGAAGCUGUAAUUGGACAAUUAACACAAAUAUGUAAAUGUAUCAAAACUUAGUAAAGUAUGAAAACUUGUGA